GUACAGUGCAUCAGUGAUGUGCAUUCGAAACACGUUUUGAGCAAGCUGUUAAGAGACGAGAGAAGAAAACACUGAGUAAUAGUUUCCUCAAUUGCAGGAUGUCAACUUUUGACUUGACGAAGCCGGCCGACAGCUCUGAAAGCGAAGAUGACGACUACGUUCCAUCGGCCGAAGAGAGCGACAUCGAUGAGUCGGAUGCUGAAAACGACGCUGGGGGUGACGCUGAGGUACCUGCCACGAAGAAGCGCAAGGUAACAAGGAAAAAGCAAUCGUCAAGAAAGCGCAAAGGCGGCAUUUGCCUGGAGGGUGAAGAUAGUCCAGGACGUGACAGUGUCAGCCCUAAUACGGCAGGUGAUGCAGAGGAGACUACUUCCAUGCUUACUCCUGAAGAGGAGAAGAAAAAAGCAGACCUCCUGUGGUCUGAUUUCUUGCGAGAUGUUGAACCCAUUCCAAGGAAACGAACUAUCCCUGCUGUGACUGCAGUUGCUGAGCCUAGUAAACCGUCAUCUUCCACCACAAGCCCCCAAGAAACACCCCCAUCAGAUAAGAAAGUGAAGAUUACUCAGUUACUGGAGUUUGCUGGAGAGACCAUCAAGGUGGACAAGGAAGUGUCAGCUGAUUCUAAGGAAGCACGCUUAUUUGCAAAGAAAGAGGAGGAAGAGGUGGCUGGACAGGCCAAGUCACCACCAGCACUGACUGGAAAAAGGAAGCCUGGUGGUGUUGGAAAUGUCUUAAAUCAGCUGUUCAACAAGAAGCAAAAAAUUAGUACACUGGAAAAGUCUAAGCUGGACUGGGACAACUACAAGAAGACUGAGGGCCUUGUAGAAGAUCUGCAGAGUCACAAUAGAGGCAAAGAUGGGUACCUGGAGAAACAAGCCUUCUUGCAGCGGGCUGAUGUUCGCCAGUUUGAAAUAGAAAAGAACCUGAGAACCAAGAAUAGGCCAUCCAACUACCUCUGAGCUAGAUUCCAAGUGGUCUAUUUUAUAUAUAUUUUUGUCCUUUUCUUUCUUUCUCCAUGUUUGUCAACAUCACAGUUUGUCAUUUUAAUGUAUAAUAAAGACAUUGUACUUCAUGUACCAAACCACA